AUGAUUCAAGCAAAAACAUUUCAAAAUUUUCAAUGCAAUCUUCUUGAUUUAACACAAAAUAGACUAAUGUUUGUCGAUAAUAGAGCAUUUAAUAGUACAGACAUUGAUGAAAUAUAUUUUUUUAAAAAUCAAUUUUUCGAUGUGAAUAUAUCCAAGUGGGGUAUUAGUAAUACUACACUAGUCUUCAUGGAUUAUAAAAAAUAUGAUAGCACAUUUGGACCAAAUAAUAAAGAAUUUAUUAUUCCAAAAAAACCAUACAUGUGUUAUACAAAAUUAGAAAAUUUACAAAUUGCUAAUGCUGAAAAAGUUUCUGUUUGUGAUGUUAAUAAAUGUAAAGAUAUUAAACUAAAUAUUUCACGUCUUAGUUAUACAUUUGGAUCAUUUAUAAGUCUACAACCAGCUGAUUUUUUUUGUUUAAAAAAACUUAAAUAUCUUGGUAUAACAAAUAGUAGUCUUGAAAAUAUUGACUCUAGUGCAUUUGAUGGACUUGAUAGUGUCAAGACUUUAGUUUUAUCAUCAAACGAGCUGACACAUAUUGAUCGAGAUAUUUUUAAAAAAAUAAUAAAUUUAAAUACACUAAUACUUUCUCAUAAUAAGAUAAAUAGUAUUGAUGACAGAGCAUUUGAGAGCAAGACAUUAUCAAUGCUUGAUUUGAAUUUAUCAUACAAUGAAAUUAAACGUAUUGAAAAUGAUGCCUUUAAAGAUACCACAGUUAAAGAUCUAUACUUGCAUAAUAAUUCUGGUAUUAUCGUGUCUAAUCCAGCUUGGGGUAUUUCUAAAUUUACUUUUGUUUAUAUUGAUAAUGAAUAUGAUACUGAAAUAUAUUGCAGAAUACUUGAAUCACAAAAAAAUACAGCAUGUGAAGAAUGUAAAAUAUUAUGUGGCUCUUAUUUUAUAGCAUCACGUGGGUAA